GAUAGCAUCGGAGAGGAAGGAAAUGGUGCUUCGUGCCUGGCCUGUGCAUAUGUAACAUUAUACAAGUUAUUUUUUAAUAUACCAGCUCCCAGAAGUUUUCCACAGAUGGAUUAUCUUGCUUUCCUUUUGGCUAUUCUUCAAGUAUACAAAGCAUUGUGUGAAGAGACAUUUUGGGACACGACCAUCAGACUUGCUGAGAGUAUGACUCUGGAAUGCGUGUAUCCCUUCAUGGCCAUCUUAACCCAGGCAGAGUGGUUCAAGAUUGUGGGCAAGCAGAAACAGUCCAUGGCCAUAUUCCACCCCACAUAUGGUGUGAUAAUAAGGACAUCCUAUAAAAAUAAGUUGCACUUUGUAAAUUCAACCACAUCUCUCAAAGAUGUGACUCUUUCCUUUAAUAAUGCCUCCAAAGCUGAUGUUGGCCUCUAUUCCUGCUUGCUCCAUAUUUUUCCCCAUGGAUCUUGGGAAAAGAUGAUAGAGGUGGUUCAGUCAGAUAGUUUUGAGAUAGCAGAAUCAUCGAAUCAUAGCCACAUGACCUCAAGCCCUGGAAACAUCACACUUACCUAUGAUCUUCCAGUGAACUGGGCAGUGCAACAAAUCAAGUGGGAGAAGAUCCAGCCACAUCAGGUAGACCUCUUGGUACAUUGCAAUCUGUCUGAAGGCAUAAGUUACUCCAGAUACGGAAAACAAAUAUUGACCAACUGCACGCAGGGCAUCAGAAGCAACUUCAUCAUUAUUAUCAACGCCACUGCCUCUGACUCUGGGCUUUACCGCUGCCAUUUUACAGCCAGCACUGGAGAAAAUGAAAGCUUCCUGAUGAGACUGACCAUUACUGAUGGUAAAACUGAUAACCAAUACAUCGUCUUUGUGGCUGUAGGAACAGUUUUAUUCUUGUUUGUUAUCCUAAUUGUCACCAUCACGGUCAUUUCUUAUAACAGAAGGAGAAGGAGACAGAAAAAUUUUCCAGUUAAAAUUCCCUGGGAUACACAGAGUAAGGCAGUCAACAACUACAGGAGUCCCAUCUCGCCCCAUCAACCUGUAGAUAAUGCCAAUGAGGAUAUUUAUGUCAACUACCCAACCUUCGGUCGAAGACCCAAACCUAAAGUCUGAGCUUUUCACUUGACCUGAGAAAAUUAAUAUUAUCUACAUGGACCUUAUACAGUUUCUUCCUACCACCCAAUAUCUACCUUGAUGCCAGUUGAUUGCAUUUGUUUCACUUGCAAAAAAUCCUGCUUUAUGUAGAGCACGUUCUUAACAGGAAUGUUUCAGAAAACCUGAAUUUAACUUCUAUAUAAAAGAAAACUGACUUAUAACAGAACAAUCUAGGAAGACCACGCUUCGCCUGAAGGGAUUGCUUACCAGGACUUCAGUGUCAUGUCUAAAAUCAAGUAUGAGCAAAAAUUGUUUUCUGGAUCCCCUCCUCCAGGGCUGGAUCCACUUCUCUGGUUUAACCUAACUGAUGCAGUUUUCUUUCUUGUGCUUCUCUGAUGGCUACCAAGACUGCAAUUUGGACAUCUUUGUUCUAUGUUUGGUAGAGAGUUUGUUUGUAUUUGGUUAUUUGCCUAUCACUAAGUAGGGAUCUUGGCCACAGUAGAUGAGAUGGCUUACCUGGAUGGUCUGGGACCAAAGGCAUUACUGGCUAAUUCAGGCAUGUUAAAUGAAGGAAAGGGAUCUGGAAGCUGUGGAGAUUACCGAUAAAUGUUAACCAGAAUGAUUAUCCAUGAUUAUCUCUUGCUAAUCAACUGAAAAGUGAGUAUGGGUGGAACAACAUUAGUUUCUCUCUCUCUUUCUUUUCUAGAAUUGCUCUAUCAGCAUAGUCCAGAACAAUACUUGGAAGGAGAAAAAAUAAACAGUAAAGGGGAAGAUAAAAGUGACAGGCUUGUCUCUUCCCUUUCUAAUUUCAAAUACAUUUAUCUCUGAUUCUACAUGUAAUUCUUGUCACCAUUCACAACCUAGCAAAUGUAGUGGGUGGUCUUAUUAGAAAUAGCUUAAUCUUUUUGCUAUUGCUUUUUUCUUUUUCUCUACUUUUAAGAAUUAUUUUUAAUGUAUAAAUUUUCUCAAAACAGAUACAUAGGCAUUAAGCUUUUCAUCAAUUAUAUGAAACUUGAAUACAUGAGAAAAGAAUGAUAGUUGGAAGUAGUGGUUGGGUAGAAAUUUGCAAGGAGGAGAGUGUGGAGAAGGAAUAAGCAAGGAGGGAAAGGCAUCAAAGAAAGGAAGAUACAAAGGGAAACUUCUUCACAGUUUGGACAAAGACUGACAUGAGGACAGUCUAAAUAAUUAGAGGUUGUACCUGAUAUUGGCUAAAUUCUAAGUAUAUACAAACAAUGAAAAGCAUUUGUGAAAUGAAAUAAACCUGUUAUGGUCACCUUGAAACCACAAAGGUCACUAUCAAAUAAAGUGAUCAUUCAUAUAUCAGAGAUUCAGUACUUAACUCAAAGAUCUCUAAAAGAUAUCUUUUAAAAACUCAUGAUAGGCUUCAUUUAAGUAUCAGUUAUACACUCCACAAUAAUAUUAGGUAAAACAAGUCCAAGUUCUCAUGUUGUCUACAUGAAUACUGUUAUACUAUGGUUUUAAGCUACUUGGUGCCUAUUUUGAUUUUAGUUUUAAAUAUCACGCACACCAAAGUGUACAAUUACUGAUAUGCAGAAGGCAAAGUAAGUGAUAUAAGACAAGUAUUUUUAGUUUUACUUAUUUGUGUAUGCAAGAAGAGUUAACUAUGAUUUUUAUUAUAUUUUCUUAAAGAACUUCAUAUCUAGAUUCAUAAAAUGUUUCCACAGACACAUUAAUGUAGCAAGGUUAGAAGGCCAUUGAAAACAAUCUCCCAUCUUAUUAAGCAAACAUUCUGUGGCUGAAUCAAUCAGUUUGCUUUGCAAAGCAAAUUUAAGCAUCAUUUAUAAAGUACAUUAUUUCUUUUUCUUAAAAAGUUAUGGACAAUCAAAAUAUUACUUUCUGGAAGAUUCUGAUAACUAAUUUCUCAAUGAUUAAUGUAAGUGAGAAGGAAAAAUAUUUCUACAGUUGCAGUAUGGAAAAACAGGAAUCCCAUCUUAGUAGAAAAUGUUACCAGAGGUGAAAAACUUUUAUGACAAACCUCUUAAGGGUGCAAAGCCUCCAAAAUGUUUAGAAUUUAUCUGUGUUUCACAAGCAUUUUGAUUUAAAAAAAAAAAAAACAAACUCUUAGUCAAAACAGUUAUGAGAACUAUUUAUUGUGUCUCUUGUUUUCUCCAUGUUCUUUCUCUGCAGAUUUGAGGGUUUUUUAGGAAUUUUAGGCCUGUUCCAGAUUCUCUGGCAUCCACUGCUGUUCCUAUCACAGUCAGCUGCUAUGCUGCUACAAUUUCCUUCAUUCAUUUUCUUACUUUGCACAUUUUUUGUACAUUUUUAUUUAACCAAGCUC